AUGGCUGACUCCUUCUUGUCAAACUCUUCGUUUGGGACCUCAUCUGCACCUUUAGCAAUGCCCACCUUACCAAAUAAUCCACCAAUCUCGGUGAAACUGAAUGAUUCAAAUUUUCUCAUAUGGCUCCAACAAGUGGAAGCCACAAUUUGGGGGUACGGCCUUGAGUCGCAUCUAACCGGAGAAGGAGGACCUUUGCAAGAAGCAGGUUCUUCAGUCACCGAAAUGACUCCAGAAAGUCUAGCUUGGCGCCAUCAAGAUCAACGGCUGGAGGCAUGGCUGCUCUCAUCUCUAUCAGAGAGUGCUUUAAUCCUGGUGGUGGGACUGAAAACCACCAAGGACAUAUGGAAUGCCCUGCAAACAAACUAUGCAAGACAAUCGAGGGCAAAGGUUAUGCAAAUCAAGCUUCAGUGGCAAAACACCAAAAAGGAAUCACUCUCUAUGCAAGAGUAUCUCAACAAAAUGAAAACAUGCUUUGACUUCCUUGCAUCUGCAGGGAGCAAAAUUUCUGAAGAGGACCAGAUUUUCUACAUCUUAGGAGGACUUGCUCAAGACUACAAUCUUGUGGUAGUAUCUAUUUCUUCCAGGUGUGAGCCCUGGACAGUCAGAGAAGUCUCUGCACUCCUCUUGAGCUUUGAGACACGGUUGAACUCUGCAGAAGUCGCUGUUGUUAGCAUGGAAGGGACUCGACCCUCUUUAAAUGUAGUUCAUUAG